AGUCAGCCUCAAAUAAGGAAAUUGCACUGCAUUUUAAAAUGUUGAUUCUAAGGACUGAUACGUGUAAUAUAGCUGUUGUGUAAAUACAUAUAUUGUGUAAUAUAUGCACUACUGGUCAAAGGUUGGGACGCGGUUUCUCAUUCAAAAGCAUAAGGAACUACGUCCAAGCGUUUGACAUAUUUAUAUACAUGUUCUACAUAUAUACGUCGGGGGUUUUUUUUUGUUUGUUUUUUAUUCGCAUUGUGACUGUCUACAUCACAGAAAUGAAAGAAUGUUAAGUCGAAAAGAUGAGUACGCUCACGUCGACACGCCACUUGUGCUUAGUGCGGGCGUCUUGUCUCCAUGGCAACGGAUAACACUCGCGGUCCUGGCUCGGAAACGGGGCAUCGCCUUAAAAACGAGAGCCGUUUAUCAGGAAUUAACAUUUCCUCUCGCGCUGAAACACAAUUGCAGAUGACUGAACCAAAUGGACGAGGAAGCUGUGUCGUCGGAUGUGGAAAACGGGGAAGAAAAUCAAGACGAGGACGAAGAAGCAGUAGAGGUUCGCCCUUUGGAUCAAGAUAUUAUAAUUCCCGGUCUGUCUUUGCUGUGCCGAACAGGAAAUGGAUUAAGACAUGCGUUCAUUAAAGUCGUCCUAAAGGACAAAAGACUCAGUGACAUGGCUGCGAUCAGCAAUUACAUUCACCUUCGGUUCAUGGACGUGUCCAACAACCGCAUUUCUGACCUUUCGCCUCUGUCAUCCCUCACACAGCUUCUUUGGCUCAAGAUGGACAAGAAUUAUGUAACAUGCUUCCCAGGACAAACCUUUUCUCAGUUGGUCUACCUCCAGUGGCUGAGUAUGGCAGUGAACCGGCUCACGGUGGUCGAAGGUCUUGUUGGACCAGCUUUGGAGAGUCUCAAUCUUUCAGGGAACCGGAUACAGAGAUUAAACGGUUUUGAGAGUUGCCUUUUUUCCAAACUGGGGACUUUGGAGCUGAGAGGAAACCGCUUGACUACGACUAAUGGCAUCAACCUGCCCAAUCUGCAGCGAUUAUAUCUGGCCCAAAAUCUUAUUACAAGUCUGGAGGGCUUGGAGAAGUUAGAGAGCCUCACCACUCUUCAUCUUCGUAACAACAAACUUGGUAAUCUGGAUGGACUCAACGCCAACAUGAAAUGUCUCCAGUACCUCAAUGUCAGAAGCAACGACUUCUUAGAUGAGACCUGCCUGCGGGCCCUUGGCCUUGUGUCAAAAACCCUGCGAGUCGUGAUCCUCUCCGAGAACCCGCUGGACGGGACGACAGACUACCGGCCAUAUGUUCUUACUCUUAUUCCAAAACUGGAGCGCCUUGAUAAAGAGCCUGUCUCCCUGGAGGAGCGGGCAGAGGUGUGGAAGGCGAUUAAGGAACUCAAAGAGGAAACAGGCUAAAGUCAAACAUUUGUAAUAACUGCUCCACUUCCUGGAAAAGACUGGUUUGGGAUGGACGCCUAUGUAGAAACCUUAGAUUGUUUCUAUCUUGCAUACAGUGUUGUAUGAUGCACUAUAUUAUUGUUGAUGAUACUUUAUGACAUCUAUUCCAUUAGCAAACGCUUCAAAUCCUGUAGUAAUGAACAGGGUUUCUUCUUUGCAAUCACUUCUUUAUUUCCCUGUGUAAUGAUGACGAGGCGAAUUUUGCGACCACUUCCCUGUUGGCAGCUAUCCAGCUGCACUUUUAAAGGGAGAGUACAGCAUUAUGUACACUAUUGAAAAUGUUUCUCGUUCAGUUCAAAUACGAGUGCUGUUAUUCCAUCUGCAGUACCUACGUUGUCAUUGAGCUUUUGCUAAAACGUGAAAGUCCAACUUCUCAUUUUCUUGUCUUGAAAGAAGUGGGUGCUGCUUUACUUCCUUGUAAUUACACUACAGUACGCCGUUGCAGGUUCUCUGCAGAGCGAGAAUGCGCGGUCUCUGCCAUUGGGCUAUUUUAAAUUUAGCUCACCAGUGAAGGCGACAUUGUGAUUUCCUGGACUUGUGGGGAGUGAAUUCUUGUUUCCUAGCCCAUAAAAUCCUUGUUGAUCAUUAUUGUGAGUGCAUGAUCAUGAUCAGUGUCUUCACAUGGAUGAAUAUAAUGAAUUAGAAACUUAGUUAAAUGUAAUUAAAGAAAAUUUGUUAUGUCAGAAGUGUGUAUCAAACUGGUAACCCUUUGCAUUAAUCAGUACCUAAGAAGUAGCUCGCAGUUUCAAGCAGGUCGGUGACCCAUGGUCCGUACAAACGCCGCUGCGACAUGACCCCAAAAACUACACGAAAAUUAAACCUUUAUUUAAAACA